CACUUCCUUUUAUAAACCCUAAUCAAACAAACCUCCCGCAUUUCACUUUCUGUAUCUGACCAUUUCUAAUUCUGUCUCUCUCUAACACCCGCCCACACACACUCACUCACUCACUCUGUCACUCACUUACCCUUUCCCUCUCUUCUGCGAUGCGUCCGUCGCAGCCCCGCCGCCUUCCACCCAAGGCCGCCUCUCUCGACCCCAAAAUCUGGCGUGCAUGCGCCGGAGCAUCCGUUCACAUCCCCGCCGUGCAUUCUAGGGUUUACUACUUUCCGCAGGGCCAUCUUGAACAAGCCUUCCCCCCUUCCCUUCACAACAACCACCACAACCAUCACCUGAACCCUCUCAUUCGCACACUCCCGUUCGUCCUUUGCCGCGUCUCUUCCGUUCAAUUCCUCGCCGAUCCCCUCUCCGACGAGGUAUUCGCUAAGCUCCUGCUAAGUCCCAUAGCCGCCGACGAUCGUUCCUCCUCAACCAGCGAGGAUCGACUCGACUUCAACGCCGACCCGCCGGUACAGGUUCUCUCCGUCACCGACGUUCACGGCGCCACCUGGGACUUUCGUCACAUUUACCGUGGAACCCCCCGGCGGCACCUCCUGACAACCGGUUGGAGCAAGUUCGUGAACCACAAGAAGCUCGUCGCCGGUGACUCCGUCGUGUUUUUGAAAAACUCCCAGGGCUCCUUGUUCGUCGGCAUUAGGCGUACCUUGCGAUUCUCUGCCGUGCUGAAGGAGGAUCGAGACCCGUGGCUGGAGGAAGAGGAGGAAGAGGAUAACAGCAGUGAUCCUCCGGUGUUUACGAGGGACGGGAGGGGGAAGGUGACGUUGAAGGCGGUUGCAGAGGCUGCGGAAUUGGCGGCGAGGACCAUGCCGUUCGAGGUAGUAUAUUAUCCAAGGGCUGGGUGGUCGGAUUUCGUGGUGAAGGCUGAGGCUGUUGAGGCAGCAAUGAAGGCGGGUUGGUGUCCUGGAAUGAGAGUGAAAAUGGCUGUGGAGACUGAGGAUGCUUCUAGAAUGACCUGGUUUCAGGGGACGGUGUCUUCAGCCUCGGUUCCUGAUAAUGGGCCUUGGAGGGGUUCUCCUUGGCGUAUGCUUCAGGUUACAUGGGACGAACCUGAGGUCCUGCAGAAUGCAAAGCGAAUCAGUCCGUGGCAGGUGGAACUUAUUUCCACCACACCUACACUGCAUACAGUGUUUCCCCCCACAAAAAAGUUUAGAGCUGGGGCAUUAAGUGAUUUAGAAGGAGACCCUUACUUCCCUAUAGCAGGGUUCACUAACUCAACAAUGGAACACCUGAGUCAAACAUUGUUGGGUUAUAAUACUUUUCCUGCUGGCAUGCAGGGAGCCAGGCAUGAUCUAUUUUCUCCAUCAAGUUUUUCCAACUUUUUAAAUGAUAACUCUCAUCUGCAUAUGGGUAGCAGUUUCUUUGGGAAGACUACAGAGCCUAUGUUAAGUACUGUGUCAACAGAGUUAAACAUUGGCAACUGCCAAUCUGGCGAUCUGUCACCAGAUAGCCCAAGUAGUUUGCGUUCAUUUGGCCCAGAGUUUACUGGGACCAACAAUAGCAACGUCCCGAAAAUUGGUUCUGGUUCAUUUCUGCUGUUUGGUAAGAUCAUAAAACCUGUUGAGGUUGAGUUGCAUGAUGCUGGUUGCAUUGCAGAUGAUGGCUGUAAGAGCAGCACUGAAACUGAAUGCAUUGACAAGCCAGUGGGUCAUUCUUUGACUUACUCAACAUUGCUCAGGCUUGAUGUAGAAAGCCAACAACCCUCACAAGUUGAGGCAUGUUAUCUGUGAAGUUGUGAUGGAGAUAUGUAGCUGUACAGGUAAUUAAAGUGUACGCAGGCAGAAGGAGAGAGAGAGAGGCUGUGAAUCUGUGAUUACUCUGUUGACCUAUUAGUGGUAAACUUGUAAUGUAUAUGUUUGCCGUUGAUGCUUUGUUUGUUUUCUUCCAACUUGAAAGAUUGAAACAAACUAGCUGAUACUCGGUUUGUUUGUGACGUGAUAUUUGACGAACUGUGAAAUGCUUCCACUGGUUUUCUGUCGUA